AUGAGUGCCAACUACCGCUCAAACAUCAAGUGCCAACUACCGCUCAAACAUCAAGCGCCAACUACCGCUCAAACAUCAAGCGCCAACUACCGCUCAAACAUCAAGCGCCAGCUACCGCUCAAACAUCAAGCGCCAACUACUGCUCAAGCAUCAAGCGCCAACUACCGCUCAAACAUCAAGCGCCAACUACCGCUCAAACAUCAAGCGCCAACUACCGCUCAAGCAUCAAGCGCCAACUACCGCUCAAGCAUCAAGCGCCAACUACUGCUCAAGCAUCAAGCGCCAACUACCGCUCAAGCAUCAAGCGCCAACUACCGCUCAAGCAUCAAGCGCCAACUAGCGUGUUCACUAGACUCAGUGUUCACCAGACUCAAUACGAAUUUUGCACUCGAGAGACAGGUAUCUAGUGAGGAAGAGAAGCCUGUGUGCCCGUCUAGUGAGGAAGAGAAGCCUGUGUGCCCGUCUAGUGAGGAAGAGAAGCCUGUGUGCCCGUCUAGUGAGGAAGAGAAGCCUGUGUGCCCGUCUAGUGAGGAAGAGAAGCCUGUGUGCCCGUCUAGUGAGGAAGAGAAGCCUGUGUGCCCGUCUAGUGAGGAAGAGAAGCCUGUGUGCCCGUCUAGUGAGGAAGAGAAGACUGUGUGCCCGUCUAGUGAGGAAGAGAAGCCUGUGUGCCCGUCUAGUGAGGAAGAGAAGCCUGUGUGCCCGUCUAGUGAGGAAGAGAAGACUGUGUGCCCGUCUAGUGAGGAAGAGAAGCCUGUGUGCCCGUCUAGUGAGGAAGAGAAGCCUGUGUGCCCGUCUAGUGAGGAAGAGAAGCCCGCGUAA